AUGCUAAAACGCUGGUCCCAGCGCGGCAAGCGCAUCACCAUCGAUAUGGACAUCCGGUCGAGGGUGAUGCCCGAUAAAGUAAUGUCCCGGAAUACGGUGUUCGAGAUUAAAGGCUCUCACCAUCCCCAUGAAAUCGUGUUGCUGUCAGCUCAUUUGGACUCGUGGGAUGUUGGACAGGGAGCCCUCGAUGAUGCCGGCGGCUGCGCAGCGGUGCUUUACGCCAUGAAAGCAAUUAAAGAAAUGGCUGACAGGAAUCCGAGAUACCGCCCGAAACGGACGAUCCGCGGAAUUUUCUGGACAGCCGAGGAGCAGGGAUUCAUCGGGGCUCAUCAAUAUUAUGCGGAUCACGGGGAUGGACAACGAGGAGAAAAGUUCGUGUUCGUCUCCGAGUCGGACAACGGUGCCUUCAAGCCGACAAACUCCACGUCGAAUCUGGCAUUCAAGGGAAAUCGAGAACAGAUGGACAUCAUGCACGAAAUCGUGGCCAUCAUCAAUGCCUACGGGAUCCCGUUGAAGACAAUCUACAGUAAUGCACAGGGCGACGUGGGCCAAUUUGCACUCGAUGGCGUCCCGUCGACAAUGUAUAUUUCUGAUAAAGGCUGGGAAUUCUACUUCAACUUCCACCACAGCGCCGCCGACUACUCGGACAAGGUCUCCGCCGAGGACAUUGAUCAUACGGCUGCCAUUUUUGCCGUGUUGGCCCACGUUAUCGGGAAUAUGAGGGAAUGGGUACGG